AUGUACGACCACAUCUUUGAAUAUGUAGAAGAUAUAAAGCUUUACAGAAGGAAGGAGAGAUUCUACAAUGGUGUAUCUCCCUGGGAUGCAGACAUGACUCGAUUCUUCAUCACUGAAUAUCGCAGUGUUAGAGGAAUCAUGACGAAGAAGAGAGAAGCUUUCUUACACAUUUCAGAGAAGAUGAACCAAAAGGGAUAUGAUGUCACACCUUACACAGUAGAGAAAAAGUGGCACAACCUAAUCAAAACAUACAAAAAUGUCUUGGAUCGUGCAAUCCACAAGGGGGAGGAAAAAAUAUGCUGGGAAUUCUUUGAGGAUAUGGAUGAAAUUAUUAAGAACAACCCAGCUCUACCAGCACCAGGAAACCUUCAAGCACUAGCCAAAUCUAGGAAGGUGUAUCCAGAUCCAGUUGUCUCACCUUCACCAGUUCCAGAAACCAUAUCAGUGUCUCCAGAUUUCUUGCCUUGCCCACCAUCACCAGAGUUAAUUAUAACAACGUCUCACUCUUCUUCUUCACCACCCACAGUUGAAGGGGCUAACACAUCCUCUCCUGCCUUUAAUAUGUCAACACUGUUAUCUUCUACACCUUCUAGGUCUAAUGUACUAAAUAACUCUACUUCAUGUGUUGGCGUCUCUACGCAUUCCUCCUUGCAACCUACCGAGAAUCAAAACUCUUCUCAUACUCAUUUUGCAACAGAGACAUCAUCACAAACUCAAGCAACAUAUUCUUCUCAAAAUCAGAUUGUUUCCACAGCAACUUGGCCUACACAAACACUUCAUUCUCAAACUUCUGUCACAAAUCUUCCAAACAAUACAACACAUUCUUCUUAUAUGCAAUCACCCAGUAUGACUCCUUCUCUGUCUAAUGGUUAUGCAUCACACAUUCAGAAUUCUACAUAUUCUAAGGUAAUUGAGCCACAUUUGCACAUUAACACACAAGAUACAGGCAUGAUGAAAAAUGAUGUAAACAACAGAAUUUCAGUACAUGAUACUAAGAAAAGAAAGUGGGAAGAAAAACCUGAAAAUUUCACAAAUCAAACAGAGGAUUCAGAUAUGGAUCUGCUGACAGUUCAAAAAGAAAUGAAUGUUCAUCUCAGAACUCUGAAUUCAAAUAUUUUGACAAUGGGGCAUACCCUAAAUGAAAAUAUUCUUGGACUCAAGCGUGCUGUUGAGAGUAUGGUAGCAAUAAUGCUUCAAAAUAAAGCUAGUGCUUAGACUAUCAUGAAACUACUAUACCACAAGCUUUUAGCUUCCUUAUAGUAUGUUAUAUUUGAACACCAUUCUCCACCUAAAACUUUUUUUUUUUUUUAAUCUAAGAUGAUUUUUUUUUUAAGACUUUUUUUUCAGUUUUAACAGGUGUGUCUGUGUGUAUGUAACAUACAUAGAGGUUAUACAGUAUAUAUUUUGUUGCUGCAUGUGUAGAUUGUCUGCAUUGUAGUGUUUCUUAAAGGUAAUCAUGCAAAUAAUGAAUGAAAAAUAAAUUUUGCCAUGUAAAAUUUAUUUGAUCAAAAGUUAUGUAAGAGAUCAUAUGAAGCCUGCAGAUAAUAUUUGUAUCAACAGGUAGUCAUAUUUUCCCAUUAUUUGCAUAAAUAUACCUCAUCACAUCUAUAGUGGACAAAAUUUGUUUCUUGGAUUAGUACAUAAGAUUUAUCAUUUAGGAGAAAGUAUAUAUGUAAUAUUUUAUUUACAUUAGAACUAUUGCAUGUCAAAGAAUAUAUGAAAAAUUUUAUUCUCUGAAAAUGGUACAAAACUUAAAAAGAAAAAACUACAGUACAGUGUAUAUUAUAUUUUUUGAGUAAAGAUUUAAUAAAGUGUUUUCAGUGUUUGUAAUGCAUCUACGUUUUAUUUAUAUACUUUAAUUAAAAAGUAUUACAUAAUACAUUUUAAUAUGCAGAAACAAAAAAAAUUUCUUAUUGUCCUUGUAAAUCAGUGAGUGCAUAUGUAGUGUGGUUGGGUGGUAGCUUUGAUUAUUUAGUGUUUAAUCCAUAGAGAAAGUGGUUACCAUAAGACUAAAUAUCAUGAAGUCAUUUGUUUAUUUAUGUAGUAUAUAUUGUUACUGUAUAUUUAUUUUUUACAGUCAUCUGAACCUGCAGGAAUUGACUUCCACCUGUUAAUUCUUACCUUGUUUCUGCACAUUUGUUGAAUAUCAAUAACUAAAUCACCCUGGAUAUUAAGUUUAAAGUUAUCUCAUAAAUCUCUUGAUUAAUAAAAAUCAGUAAUAAUUAUUAUUAUGGAGAAAUGCUAAACCUGUAAGGACCUUACAGGGCUGGGAAAUAGAAGGCCGUUAGGAUUGAUCCAAAGGCACUCCUUGAUGGAAGUCAUUAGUGAUUGUUCUUUAAUAUCUGUGUAUUAAGACACUGAAGAUGAUGCUGUACAUUGCAUAGACUGUCAUUUUAAUAUUAAUAUUUUCAAGUUUUCUUUUGUUUUUAGUGUAAUAUAAAAACUAAUAAUACUCUACUAUUGUAAUCUCGUAACCUUAUUUAAAAAUUAGUACGUAUAGGUUGGCCAUCACUAAUCCGGCAUCAUCAGGACCUGUAGGGUGCUGGAUUAGUGAUUUUGCCGGAUUAGGGAGUUUGCUGGAUUACAGAGUCGUUAGGUUAGAAUACACUUAACCCAAUGGCGAUAUUUACGCAUCGGCAAUUUCACCUACUUUAUGCCCUAUUUUUAGCCCAUUCUGUUGAUCCGGUCUACCAAACUCAGCUAUUUUGCUAGUAUUCUUUCUAUACUGCCAACUGAAUACAAGAAACUGCCCAUUCACCUAUUUCAACUACCCAAUGAAGUGGUCAGAAAUUGGUAAUUUGGCCAGUUUCACACAAAUUUCAAAAAAUGCCAAUUUUAAAAUAGGGUCCAGAAUAAACAAUGCAGACAUUCCUGGCACUAAAAUAACAUUUUCUCUGUCCAUUAGUAAUGUCUCCAGGUCCCUCUUAUAUUACUCUUGCUUUCCAUUUUGAAUUUUUAUUCACACAAAAAAUAGAUUUACUGUUAUGUAGACUACUGCAUUAUCGUAAUAAUUAUAUAAAUAAUGUCAACCCAUUCAUGACCGCGUAUUAGACAGCCCAGUUGGACAUGUAUUGGAUGGUGACAUCGUUUGUUUACUCUUGAACAUCAGCAAAGAUUGAGCAUUUCUGCUACUUUGAGCUCAAUUUCAAGAUACUUUGUGUCUUGAAACCAAUCAAAAUCAUAACUAUUUCUGUAAUAUAUCUUCCAUUCUAUCAAAUGAGACAAAAAAAAAAAGGGAGAUUUUUUUUUUUUCCCCAAGUCGGCCGUUUCCCGCCGAGGCAGGGUGACCCAAAAAGAAAGAAAAUCCCCAAAAAGAAAAUACUUUCUUCAUCAUUCAACACUUUCACCUCACUCACACAUUAUCACUGUUUUUGCAGAGGUGCCCAGGAUACAACAGUUUAGAAAUGCAGUGGACCCCCAGUUAAUGAUAUUUUUUCAUUCCAGAAGUAUGUUCAGGUGCCAGUACUGACCGAAUUUGUUCCCAUAAGGAAUAUUGUGAAGUAGAUUAGUCCAUUUCAGACCCCCAAACAUACACGUACAAACGCACUUACAUAAAUACACUUACAUAAUUGGUCGCAUUGGGAGGUGAUCGUUAAGCGGGGGUCCACUGUAUAUACGUAUAAAAAUACACAAUAUAUCCCUCCAAACUGCCAAUAUCCCAAACCCCUCCUUUAGAGUGCAGGCAUUUUACUUCCCAUUUCCAGGACUCAAGUCCGGUUAUAUAAAAUAAAAAGAGAAUACAGCCAUGAAAACUAUACAAAAAUACACCGCAAACUUGCUGUUAUACACAAGAGUCGCAGUUUUUUUCUCAUGCACUGCAUGCUGCAUGAUUUAUUUUUGUAUAGUGCACAUUUACCACACAGGCCUAUUCUCUCAUAUGUAGGCCCAAAUUUACCAGUCACAGCUUAUCUGAGUGAGCUGAGCUCAUGGUGACUGACAGUGGCUUCAAAGCCACCUUAUCUUUUAUGGACAUAGUACGGUAUAUGUGCUUUACACAAUGAGAAGCAUUUGUUUUGUUCGUUGGAAUCAUGGCUCGGGCUAAGAGCAAGCAAGUUAUAACAAUAAAUGGAGAAAAAAAACUGGAAUGACUUAUGUAGCAAGUAGUGUCACCAAACAAUAGCAACAGGUUGGUGUGGUGACCCCAGAAAUUUGAAAUAAUGGUAGCCAAAAUUAGUGCCGGAUUACUGAUGGAACCAGAUUACUGAUUGCUGGAUUAGUGAUGGCCAACCUGUACCAAUAAUUACACCGUACAGACCUAGUUAAUAGUAUAAUUUAUGUAAAGUUGCACUAAUGAGGGUCUUCAAAAAGAGUAUAUGUUCUUUUCUAGUGUAUUAACCAGGGCAACUGUCUUUUUUUGUGUUGGGAAAAUAUAAAUAUUAAUUUAAUAAAGAAAGAAAUAACAGUAAAUUAAUAAAACAUUAAAUGUUGGUAAUAAUGUAAAUUUAACUCACAAUAAAUAAAUGAAAUUUACAAUAAUGUCAGUGCAUGACAGUAAAAGCUGCAAAAUGUGUCUACUCUUAUCUUAUUCAAUCAAGUUAUAGAACAGAUUUGAAAAAAAAUCAAAAGUAUAGUAUGCACCUGUGUAGAUACGUAUAAUUAGGGGUAUACCCUUAAGAGUUUACUUCAAAUUAUUUUUAGGGAUUCACUUUGUAAGUUCUGCUAAUGUCUAGGUGAAUUGUGGCCUUAAUAACCUCUGCAUUCCCUGAAGCACACCCCAUGGAAGACAAAUCCUCAACUCUUUUUGUCAGUUUGUGUGACUGUUUCCAUAAAAGAAAUUUCGGUAUUUGAUGACCCCCAGUGAGUUUAGUACUUUUUCAUUAAUAACAUAAAAAUAUAUAUAUAUAUGAAGAUGUGUUCAGGAAGUUAUUUCAUCUGUUAGGUUAGACUGACUGUCUAGGGUACCACAAAUAAUCUGAACAUAAUUUAACAAAAAUGUUACUUUAUUUUAUCAGUAUACUGUUAGCUAAACAGCAAAGCAGUCUACUGUCUUCUUUAUAUUUUCUACCCCUUUAUAUUUAUGAGUUUAGUGCUUCCCUUUAAUAUACUGUAUAAUAAUUUACUUGAUAAAAGUACAGUUCAUGUAUACAGUAUAUAACUCAGUUCUGUGAGCACUGAAACUAGAAAUUUUGUAAACUGUGGGCUUUAUUAGCUUUAUGUUAUUUUUAUAAAUGAAAUAGCAUACAAAAUAAUUUUCAGUUUUUUGUUUAUGGCAAUGAUAAUGAAAAUUAUCUUUUAUUUUAGCAUAAAUGUACUGUAUGUUGACUGGAUUAUCCUUUGAAAAUUGUUGAGUGUAUAGAUAUGUGGUUAUCCCUUGUGACAAGUUCACAAAGGAAAAUGUCAAGAAAUUCAGUAUGGUAUAUGUUUGUUGAAAAAUAAAAAAUUAGAGAUAAA